CAUCUCAGUUUGAGCAUAAAAACAACCCAAGUGGGCGUCGAAAAGAGUUUUGGUGCUUUCUUUGCUAUUUCUCCGGAAAAGUUUCAAAAAUGGUGCAACAACUCUCCAAAUCUGGAGCGAAGGACUCUCCUCUGCUGAAGGCGGGUCAUCCUCCUGCAGUGAAGGCUGGAGGUAAACGGGUAGCCAAGAAAAGCUUGGAAGAGAGUGGCAACCAUGGGGCUCCAGAGAGGGAGACCAAGAGGUCUGAUAAACCGAGGUCCCUUGCCACCGCCAACAGGAUGCAACAAGUUGGUAUUCUUCUUGCAGGAACUCUUGACAAGUUGAGCCACGACUUUCCAGAGACGCCGGUGAGCGUGAGGCACAGCAAGGUGCGUCCGGCAGUGGAGAAGCCCCACUGCCCCCGGACCUUCUUCAUCCAGCAGCCGAGGAAGAUGUGAACAACAUGUGUUAAAGAAAUGCCCCAGAGGGACCCGUGUCAAGUCAACUGUGAAAGGCAAACAUGAGUACACAUGAGGGGACUGACAGGUUGUCUGUAACGUGUCAGUGUUUAUGGAGAGAAAGCGUUCAGCGAGCUCUGUGUUUACUUACUAGGCUGUGCUUGUUUGUGAGAAUACUAUAAACCAGCAUUAAAUGUGCCUUCUAGUGUUGGAAGAGAAAUGAUGUAGUUGUGUUUCCCAGCUGAUGAUAACCAGAUGGUGUUUGGGUAUGUUUCUUGUGAGGGUUGGGGGUUAAGUAAGGUUUUUCAGACUGUUUUUUUUCCAGUGAAAUCUUCACUUUGUAUUGCUUGGCACUUAUUAGAUUUAAUAAAAAAAAAAAGAAAUUGCAUGGCA